UUACGUUGCUUAUCGGUUGCUAUGGUGAUUUUGCAAGAUGGCGGAAAGCGGAAACUUGGUGCUUCGCAGAAUGUGACGAAAAUUCGUCCGAGUAGAUAGCACACUUUGUUACUUACACCAUGGCUAAAUCAACUUCAAACGCGGGAUGGGCGGAUGUUAUGCAAAAGAUUUUAAGAACAAAUAAGCCAAAGAGAAAAAAGACAGUAGUACUAGCUAAGGCAAAGAAAUUGUGCGAUGUAAAAAUAAAAGAAAAAAAGGAAGAUGUUCCUUUUGAAAUUGAUGGUAUUAAAGAUGUGACUGAAAUAAGAGAACCUAGUGUCAAGACGGGAGAGCAUAUUGUACAUACUAAGCCAAGAAUAAAAGAGAAGAGUUUUGGCAUUCGAGUAAAACCAUCCAUUACAGAUCAGGAACGUGAAAGAAUGUUACAAAAAAUAGCCACAAGAGGAGUCGUGCAACUAUUUAAUGCAGUAAGACAGCAACAAAUGAGUAUUAACACGAAAUUAUCACAAGCAGGACCAUUAGAAAGAAAACGCGAGCAGGCACUCAAAAGCAUUGAUAAAAAUGCCUUUCUUGAUAUUCUUAUGGGUGGCAGUAAAAGUAUACCAAUUGAUAGUACUGUCAAAUCUAAAAAAUCUGUAGAACAGACAAAUAAUAAAGACAAAGACGACAAAAUAUGGGAUGUCCUUCGAGAUGAUUUUGUUAUGGGAGCAAAAUUGAAAGACUGGGACAAGAAUGAUGUAGAAGAAGAAUAUUCAUCAGCUCCCGAGGACAUGAACAGUGAUGUGGAUUAAAAACCAAGAAAUUUUUUUCGUAUGAUUUUUUUUCCAAGUAAUUAUAGUUAGUCUUAAAAAAUCGUGAUUAUCGACUGCGUACAUAAUCAGCUCAACUCGAAACAUUGAUAUUUUCUGGAUAAAUAUGUAAAUACACAUUGUGAAUUUUCAAAAAUUACAUUUUAUCAAUUUAUUAAUUUGUGCAUUCAUAUGCUAUAACUGGCCUUGCCUUCCUUUUUAUGAUCCAUUUUAUAAUCGUUUUUGUGAUUCAGUAAAUGUUUAGAUAUAACAAUAUAUGUACAAUGUAAACUUUAGAUAUUUUUUAUUGAGAAACAAUUUACUGAUACUUAUUAAUUUAUUGAUAUCGUUUGGACUCAACCAUAUUUUUUCCAUAGAUUAAGAUUAUCUUAUAAAGCAAUACCUUUCUUUAUUGUUAUAUAUCUUUGUUUUAUUAUUGUGAUUAGAUUCAAAAGAAAGGAAAAAAGCUUGAUCUAAAUAAUCAGCCAUUGUGAAACAAAAA